AUGAGUGCAAAACGCAUCAAACAAGAACCAAACAGCAAGAAAAGGGUACCACAAGAAUCCGUCGCCGUACCGCUGAAGGAAGCAAAACAGGAAAAGCUGGACAUGGAAGAGAUGGAGCUAAUGGCCGCAGGGCUGGAAGAUGACGAAGAUGGCGGUUGCUACUUUGUCGAUCAGAAAGGUAACUACUACUAUCAGGCCAGCGAGGACGCGGAACUGCAGGCGGUAGAAAAUGGACCAUCGGACUUCGGUCCACUGACGGGCGGUGAACAAGAAAAGACUGAGGAAGAGGUCAGCUACGUCCUGAUUAUGAACGAUGGCGAAAAUAAGUCGACGAUCGUUGUGAACGAUACGGACGAGGCGGGCCUGGACACGGAUGGGAAGGGCAAUGAAAUUUACGAAUUCGACGAUCCGGACUACAUGGUGCCGGAUCAGGAAGAACCGGAGAAAAAGAACCAAACGCGUGGUAAGCGUGGCCAAGCGAGCGCAUCAUCGUUGUACAUGUGCAACUACUGUAACUACACCAGUGGUAAACUGUUUCUGCUGUCCCGGCACUUGAAAACGCACUCCGACGAUCGGCCGCACAAGUGUGUGGUGUGUGAACGAGGUUUUAAAACGCUCGCCUCGUUGCAAAACCACGUCAACACCCAUACGGGCACCAAACCUCAUCGGUGCAAACAUUGCGACAAUUGUUUUACAACUUCCGGCGAGCUGAUCCGGCACAUCCGGUACCGGCAUACGCACGAGCGUCCCCACAAAUGUAAGGAUUGUGAUUAUGCGAGUGUGGAGCUGAGCAAACUGAAGCGCCACAUCCGCACACACACCGGGGAGAAACCGUUCCAGUGUCCGCACUGUACGUACGCGUCGCCGGACAAGUUUAAGCUGACGCGGCACAUGCGAAUCCACACUGGUGAGAAACCUUACUCUUGUGAUGUGUGUUUUGCCCGGUUCACACAAUCCAACUCGCUGAAGGCACAUAAAAUGAUACACCAAGUUGGCGACAAGCCCGUUUUCCAGUGCAAACUGUGUCCGACGACCUGCGGCCGCAAGACAGAUUUGCGCAUCCACGUGCAGAACUUACACACGGCCGAUAAACCGAUCAAGUGUAAGCGCUGUGAUAACACGUUCCCCGAUCGGUACAGCUACAAAUUACACGCAAAAACGCACGAAGGCGAAAAGUGUUACCGUUGCGACUAUUGCCCGUACGCCUCGAUAUCGAUGCGCCAUCUGGAAUCGCAUCUACUGCUGCACACGGACCAAAAGCCGUACAAAUGCGACCAAUGCGCGCAAACGUUCCGACAGAAGCAGCUGCUAAAGCGACACAUCAACUACUACCACAACCCGGACUACGUUGCACCGACACCGAAGGCGAAGACACAUUCCUGUCCCAACUGUACCCGGUCGUUCCGACACAAGGGCAAUCUAAUCCGGCACAUGGCACUGCACGAUCCGGAAUCAACGAUGAGCAAAGAGCUCGAAGCGUUGCGCGAAGGUCGCCAAAAGAAGGUACAGAUCACGUUCGAGGACGAACUGUAUAAGGGCGAGGAAGACUACGAAGGCGAGGAAGACGAGGAGGAUGAAGACGAGGAAGAUGAGGAUGAGGAGGAGGAGGAAGAAGAAAUCAACAUCCCGAUGCAAACGAGCGAUAUGGUAACGGUCGAGGAUGAGGAUGGUCAGUAUGUGGUGCUGGAAGUGAUACAGCUACAGGACAAGGAUAAUAAAACUGCGGACAACAAGACACAGAAGAGGCGAACAUCGAAACGGAAGGCAACGGCCACUACGACGGCAACUCCUACAACUCCGCAGACGAGUUCCUCCAAAUCGACGACAGCGACAACCUCCGCUACAACGAUGGCAGCUCCUACGACAUCAUCGCGCGUGACGCGCAGUGUGAAGAAAGAACCGAUCGACCUACUGCCGCAGCAGCAGCCGGAUCAUCAUACGCUCGAUAUGGAUGGCAUAAGCUUGGUAAUGGUAGAAGGGGACGGUGAGGACGGAGCGCAAGAGAUUGUGAUUCAGCAGGAGGGUGGUGAUUCGGGCGAUGAAUUUAUCCUUUCAACGGAAGAUUUGCAGGAUACGGAAAUGCUGAUGUCUACUCUUCAGAGUGCAAAACGGUCGCGCUAUGACGUCACCAUUAGUCAGGACGAGCUGGACAAAAAUAUGAGCAACUGCUUCGGAUUCGAUGAAGACGAUGAUGAAGAUUUGGACACCAAAGCUACGAUAACGCUGCUAAACUAGACAGUGGAAUAUGUGUGUAUGGCAUGGAAUUGUUUCUUCUGCUUCUUGUUUGGCGC